AUGCCCGAUGCGCAUUCCACCUACUACGACCGCCGCCUGCGCCAAGGUCCGGCGCUCAUCCGUGCCCGACGACCCUACCUCUUUAAAAACUCAAUCACGGGUUUAGGACUGCUGACGGUCGUGGGCGGCAUUUACUACUACACCCUCAACGCUGUCGGCCAGGAUAACUUUGACAAUGUCAAGGUCCCAGAUACCCCUCGGCAGCCGGCAAAGAAACAAUGA